CAUUCAAAAUUGACGUUCAAUCGAAGCACUCGAAUCCUUCACUGCCGCCGCACCCGUACUGUCCCUUUGCCGAGGACGAAACCGACGACAAGUUUUCGCACAAAACCCACGACAGAAAGAAACCAAAAAAAAGAAAAAAAUGGUCUCGGUCAGCAACCCCAACAAGCCCUCCAAGAACCGGCUCGCAGCCCGCGCCGCCAAGGGCAAAAAGGUUCAGCAAAAGUCGUCGGCCGAGGGCAAGCUGUCGCGGGUGGAGAAGGCGGCGACGAAGCGCGGCGCCCGCCCCGGUCUCCUGCCGACGUCGGGUCCCGGGGCCAAGCUGAGCUCCAAGAAGGCGCGCAAGCUGGAGAGGAAGAUGGCGCACGCCAUGAAGAGGAAGAUGGAGGCCGAGGGGGAGGUUGAGAUGAAGGAUGUUACGGAGAAGAAGACUACCAAGUCCAAGGACGGCGAGCCGACGACCGAGGAGAUGGAGGUCGACAUCUCAUGAAGCCUGAGCUCUGUGUGACGCAUCAGCAUGUGUUUCGAUGGGCGUGAGCUUUUCUUGCAGAAGACCAGGGGCACCUCGAUGACCGAAUCCUUCGCGGUAACAGCGCCAGGUAUCGGAACAUGGGCCAUAGCUUCAUGGCAGCAAAGCCUACCUCCGAGGUUUGGUGAAAAUUUUCUGGGCAAGUCGAUGAGACUUGCAAAGUCCAAAGUAGUCUUGGGGAUCAGGGAAGGGGCACGUCAAAUGUGUAUCUGCAACAACAUCCCAAGCCAGUGGGCUUUUUUUGGCCAGAAUGGCGGCUAAAGGCUAAUAGGGGACUGGCCGUGUGCUAUUGUCACCCACCAUGAUCAACUUUUGGCACAAAAUCGAGUAAUUAGCCCAACGGAAGCUCGUUACUGUUACAAUUGCAUGUGCGUGUGAGCAGUUAUCACUUCAGAUAGUAUUUCCACAUUGUGCUACACAUCCGCAAGUCUCUGAAGGCCCUGUGUGUUUUUUUGAAGGUCUACCCCACUGCGCAUUGGAUGAUUGUCAAUAUAAUACUCAACCCUUUUACUUCCAA